AUGGGACAUCAUCCAUCUAAACAUCAUGGUCGUCGCAAGGACACACCUUUUCAACCAUGGUCAUCAACAUCAACUUCUCAACCAUCAAAUUUAGUACAAAAAUAUGAUUUAUCCAAGUUUGCUGUGAUUACAGUUAUUUUUAAUCCAGUAAAAUACCAAACUCGUUAUGAUCAUUAUCAAAAAUUUGAGGCACAUAUGUCUCAUUCUGGUGUAAAUUUAAUUACUGUUGAAUGUAUCUUUGAAUCAACAACACGUUUUGGUUUACCUCAACAAAAUUUCGAAAUAACUCGUGCUGGUGAACGUCGUCAUAUACAACUUAUUGCUCCAUCUAUCUUAUGGAUAAAAGAAAAUUUAAUCAAUAUAGCUAUUCAGCGUUUACCUCAAAACAUUGAAUAUGUCGCAUGGCUCGAUGCUGACAUCGAAUUUGAACGUCUUGAUUGGCCGCAUUUAACUAUUGCUGAGUUACAACGUUAUCCUAUUGUACAACUUUUUGAAUUAUCUUAUUUUCUUGGACCUGGUGGAAAAAAAGAGAUAUUGCGUCGUGAUUAUUCGUUUGGGUAUUCGAUUAGGAAUAAGAAACCAAUUGAUCCAAGACGUUAUAAUGAAUGGUAUCCUCAUCCCGGUUAUGCAUGGGCAAUGCGUCGCUCAGUAUUUAAUUCAAUGGGAGGCCUUCUUGAUUUUUGCAUUAUUGGAUCGGCUGAUUUACAUUUUGCUUUUGCACUUUUACAUCGUAUUGAAGAAACACUUCGACCUGGUUUACAUCAAGAUUAUAAAAAAUUAGCUAUACUAUGGGGAGAUCGAGUAGCACAAGUAGCGCAGAACGGUGAAAAUGUUGGCUAUGUACCUAUUAACUUAUGGCAUUAUUGGCAUGGAGAAAGAAAUGAUAGAAAUUAUAUUGAUAGAUGGUCAAUACUUGAAAAAUAUCAAUAUUCACCACAAAAUGAUCUUGAAAAAAAUAACGAUACUGGUCUUAUUCGUCUAGCUGACAAAAAUCGUUUACAAUAUCCGGAAGCAAUUGCACGUAUGGAGGCUCUUGAACGUGAUAUUGUCGCCUACUUUAAAUCACGUAACGAAGAUGAUACUCAAAGACGUAUUGUAGCGCAACCUCCACCUGCUAUCAGAAAACAACCUUUCAUAGCAACAAAAACUCAAACUCAUCGUAGGGGUGUCAUUAAAUCUACAGCACUUCCAUCAAGCCAUUGGAAAGGUGGUACUAGACCUCAAAUAUGGUCGUCUGGUCCUGCUGGCACACAUGUUGAUGAUGACAAUCCGUACUGGCAUCAAUGUACUUGUCCUGGACAUCAUCAUCAUGAUAAUCAUAAUUGUCCAUGUUCAUCUCAUCAUAUAGAUGAUCAGCAUUGUUGGAAUCCGUCAGGACAUGAAGACCAUCAUCAUCACGAUGAUCAUGAUCACCAUCAUGAUGACCAUCAUCAUCAUCACGAUGACCAUCCAGAUAGCUGUUUUCCAUCUCAAGAAGGUCAUCAUCAUCAUCAUCAUACAGAUGAUCAUUUUGGAGGAGGUCACUCGUCGUAUGAGCAUCAACAUCAUGGAGAUUGGAGCCAUGUUGAUCAUAGCGGUUAUAAUUAUGAUAAUUCAACCGGUGGCGGAUUCGAUUAUCAUAGUGGAGGUGGAUUUGAUAAUACAAAUUAUGGUGGUCCUGGAAGCUUCUACUAA